CCUGUGUAUGAUCUCUCCUUUCCCCUUGUCAAAGAGGGCUGGGCAACAAAAAUGUCGCAUCACGUGCACCACACGAGUUCAUUACAGAUAAAUUGAAAUUGAAACCCCUCAAUUUUCUGCCACACUUGGUACAUUAUACUCUCUCCCUCUCUCGAUCCAGAUUCUCUUAAAGUGCAAGGGUUUGUUUGGUGUUUAUUUUUGGAAAAAAAGUAAAGCAUUUGUGCAAUUUGCCGAUAUGAAACUCACCGUGAAAACCCUCAAAGGAAGCCAUUUCCAGAUUAGGGUUCAGCCCAAUGACACCAUUAUGGCGGUCAAGAAGAAUAUCGAGGAUGUACAAGGCAAAGACAAUUAUCCAUGUGGUCAGCAAUUGUUGAUCCAUAAUGGGAAAGUACUAAAAGAUGAAAGUACGUUGGCUGAAAACAAAGUCUCUGAAGAUGGGUUUCUAGUAGUAAUGCUAAGCAAGGGCAAAAAUUUGGGAUCUGGUGGUUCCUCAUCGUCCCUGCAGCCUGCAUCUACUUCUGUGCCAACUUCUAAUCCUAUAUCUGCACCUGAAGCUCCGCCACCAGCGUUGGCCCCUAAGAGUGUUGCAUCUGCUUCUGAUGCUGCUGUUGCACUUGACCCAUCUGAUACUUAUGCCGAGGUUGCUUCCAACUUAGUUGCCAACAAUAAUCUUGAACAGACUAUUCAGCAGAUCAUGGAUAUGGGCGGUGGUAGUUGGGACAAAGAGACAGUCAGGCGUGCACUGCAAGCUGCCUAUAACAAUCCUGAGCGAGCAGUGGAUUAUUUGUAUUCUGGGAUCCCUGAAAGUGCGGAAGUUGCAAUGCCAGUGGUUCAGACUGCAGUGGAUUCUGUUGCUGCACCUGGUGCAGCAGGGGCUGCACCUGUUUCAGCGGGACCUAAUUCAUCUCCAUUGAAUUUGUUUCCUCAGGAGGCCCUUUCUGGUACUGGUGCUGCUGCUGGUCUUGGAUCCCUUGAUUUCCUCAGAAACAACCAACAGUUCCAGGCAUUGCGUUCAAUGGUUCAAGCUAAUCCACAAAUUUUACAGCCCAUGCUUCAGGAGCUUGGAAAGCAAAAUCCUCAACUUCUGAGACUAAUACAAGAGCACAAUCAAGAGUUUCUUCAAUUGAUUAAUGAACCUGUCGAUGGUGAAGAGGAUAUGUUUGACGAGCCUGAACAGGACAUGCCCCAUGCUGUUAGUGUCACACCAGCAGAGCAGGAAGCCAUCAACCGAAUGGAGGCUAUGGGUUUCGAUAGAGCACUUGUUAUUGAGGCCUUUUUAGCUUGUGACCGCAACGAAGAAUUGGCAGUGAACUAUCUGUUGGAGAAUGCUGGAGAUUUUGAGGAUUGAGUGCCGGAAAAACCUUAAAAUUAUAUUCUUUAUUUCGCACAGGACUAGCUCGGGUUUUUAUAAAAGCUGUUCUGCUUCAACAGUGGAUCACAUUGAUCCCUUUCGAGGAUGAUCAACUUUUCGUUUGACUGUUAACCAUCAGAAAAAUUUGAUAAAAAAAGGUGUGGAAAAGUGUGAAGAUUUUUGUGAGAACUUCUGAAAGAUUAGAUUAUUGAUCCCCUCCCUGCUGUAGUGCUUUUUCUUUUUUCUUUUUUCUUUUUUCUUUUUUUUACCAUAUCGACGAACAGUGAUGUUGUGAAUUAGUGUCCUGUUGAAGGAAGAAAUGUUUUAUUUUGGCUGUUUCUUGUCUGGUGAAUUGCCUAUACAGAAAAAGAAAUGGUUUCUUUAUGACC